CGAAAUCUCUUGUGUCUUGAUAGCUUUAGACAAAAAUGACAUCGGAAGUAGCCGAAUUCUAUAAAAACAAGAAUGUAUUCCUUACAGGAGGCAGUGGUUUUCUCGGUCUAACUUUGAUCGAGAAACUAUUGAGAUCGUGUCCUGAUGUUGGAUACAUCUACAUGUUGAUUCGGUCAAAGAGAGGCAAAACAGUUGAAGCACGUAUGGAGCAAAUAACUAAAACUCCGCUUUUUGAACGUGUAAUCAACGAACGUACAGACAAAAUCUUCCGGAAAGUCAUUCCUAUCGUUGGUGAUGUGAGCGAAAAGAAUUUGGGUAUUUCGCCAGCAGAUCGUCAAACUCUCAUUGACAAUGUGCACAUUGUUAUCCAUUCAGCAGCUUCGCUCGAUUUCAAUCAACCUCUCCGUACAACUGUCAACAUCAAUUUGCUUGGCACGCGUUACGUCAUGGAGUUGUGUGAUCAAAUGAAAUGUUUACAAUCAAUGGUUCAUAUUUCAAGUGCUUAUGUCAAUUCAUAUCUUACGGAAACAGAAGAGAUUUUGUAUCCGCCGCCCACAGAUGCUGAUGGUUUGAUCGCUUUAGUCGAAAAGUCAUCUGAUGAGGAGUUGGCAGCAAUGUUACAGAACAUCUUGAAAGAUCAUCCGAACACGUAUACGUUAACAAAACAUUUGGCUGAACAUGAAGUCAAUAAAUAUAUUAAAAAAUUUCCGUGUGGUAUCGUAAGACCAAGCAUGAUAACUCCUGUAUGGCUAGAUCCGUUACCUGGAUGGACAAACUCUAAAAAUGGUCCUCAAGGUUUUCUUAUGGGAGCAUCGAAAGGCGUCGUACGUAGAUUGCCCACAAGCAAAACCGUCAUUUAUGAUCAUAUUCCUGUCGACGUUGUCGUUAAUGAGGUUUUGAUUACUGCUCAGCAUAUAAACAAGAAAAAAGAUGGCUCAUUAACAAUAUUUCAAUGCACAAGCAGUACAUGUAAUCCGUUUCGCUGGGGCCUUGUUUACGAUCGAAUUCCUGAAUUUCUACACAAAAAUCCUAUCAAAAGUGCUGUUUGGUAUCCAAAUAUCAAAUUUCACUCAUCAUUAACGAUGUACCGCAUUUCGGCAAUUUUCUUGCAUUUCUUGCCUGCAAUUUUGUUAGAUUUUCUAUUGAAACUCAGCGGAGCACGACCGAUUUUAUUCCGUCUUCACACACAUAUUUGGCAAUCACUCAAUUUGCUUGCGAAAUUUAUUUUUACCGAAUGGAAGCAUGACAACAAAAAGACGAUGGCAUUGGAAGCGCAACUUUCACAAGUUGAUCGUGAAAUAUUCUACAUUGAUGUGCGUUCUCUCAAAUGGGAUUCGUACUUUGAGCAAAUGGCUAAAGGCGUAUUGUUAUAUCUGAACAAGGAAAAUCCCAAAGAUUUGGCUGCUGCGAAACGCAAAGACACCAUCUUAUAUUACGUGCACGUUGCAUUCCUUGUCAUCUUCAAUUGUCUGAUCGGAUACAUGAUGACAGGCUUCUUUGGAUAUUCUUUGGGAAAAAUGAUCGUUUUUUCGUUGAUGUCUUAUGCACUCUUCAGUUUCUUGUAAAAAAAAUAAGUUAUGGAAAAAGUUAUGGUUAUUUAACUUUUAAGGAAGUCGGGAA